CGCUUGCGUUGUAUUGAUUGUUUUUAUUUUCUCAAGCUACUUAAUACUUAUUGUCUUAUUCAGUCUUAAAUAGGCUAUCACAAUAAACAUUUCUCCUUUUCUCUUACGUAUUACAUCUCUGCUUCAAUAGUCUUUGAUACACGAUAUAAAAUCGUAAUCGUACUUUCUGUAUACACACAUCGGCAUAUAUAGUUGUCGUCAAUGCAAGUGUAAUUAUUUGAAUUUUAUAGUUUUGCGUACCAACAGUAGCCGUUCAGGACUGAUUUGACGUUAAAAAAGGAAUAGAUAGCUCACAGCACGCGCCGCCGCAUCGCCUUCGCCCUAAUACCGUAUAUCGGCUUCGCAGGCCGCUACAGACUCCCUAUAAUGGAUACGCACAGUGCGUGCGAGGUCUCUGUGGAGAUUGAAUGCGUGAAGAAGGAAGCUGAAGAAGUGCCGGUGGAACCAGAACACAUUGAGGUGGAAAUCGAGUUCGUGCCAUGUGAAGUGAGCGACGGAUCGUACAAUGAUGACGAUUACGAGGGACAGAACCCUGAAGCUUCGAAAACUCGAGGAGGCAGAAGAAACGGUGGUCGGCAACAGCCCGCUAGGGUUUGCCGCGCGAGGCAUGAGACAACCAUCGUCCGAACUCCAAAGCGGAAAAACCCAUACCCUUGCGAUAUGUGUGGAAAGAGAUUCAGUAAACUAGACAAUUUAAACAAACAUAGACGAGUCCACACCGGAGAAAAGCCCUUUUCAUGUGAAUAUUGUAAAAAAGAGUUCUCUCGUUUGUCUGCUUUAACCAGUCACAUACGUGUUCACACUGGUGAAAAAUCGUACACCUGCGAAAUAUGUCAAAAGCAAUUUGCACAUUUGAGUAACUUGACUAUACAUAGAAGAAUCCAUACUGGUCAAAAGUCGUAUAAAUGUGAAGUAUGCGAGAAGCAAUUCGCUCACUUAAGCAAUUUGACUGUACAUAAAAGAAUACACACUGGUGAAAAAUCAUAUACAUGUGAAGUAUGUCAAAAGCCUUUUGCACAUUUAAGCAACUUGACGGUACAUAAAAGAAUUCAUACUGGGGAAAAGGCGUACACAUGUGAAAUAUGUGAAAAGCAAUUCGCACAUUUGAGUAAUUUGACUGUACAUAAACGUACCCAUACAGGAGAGAAGCCGCACUCGUGUGAAAUAUGUAAGAAACAGUAUUCGAGUUCUGUUGGAUUGAUAAAACAUAUAAAGACCCAUAAUGUUGAAAAUUGUUAGUCCUUAUGUAUGAAUACUUUACAAAUUGAAUCGAAUCUGUCUGUUUACGGCCGCCUAGAAUUUAGAAAAUAUGUAAACGUUUUAAAAAUUAAGUAGGAUCUACAAAAAAGGUUAAUUAAGUGAAUGAACUGACGUUCAUCACUGAACUAAAGUAAUUAGUAAAUUAACAUUCACAUGUUAAUUUACUAAAUAACUGGACUAAAAUAUUAGGCUUAGCCAAUUGACUUUUUCUCUUUCUUAUUAUUUUUUUAUAUUAAUAUAUUUUUGCUUUUUUAUUCUGGGACGUACUACAUUUUUUACUAUCUGUAAAUUGUAAAUACAGAUGUCAAUCACAAUGAAUUUUUUUUCAUAACAAACAAAAAUGUUAAGAGACAUAACACUAAUUAAAAACUAGUUUAUAUUUAUAUUUAAGUUUAAUUUUUUCAUUGUGAUUGGAGCAUUAAUUUUAAUUAGAAAUUUAUAUUAGACAUUACAUUAUUUACUUUUCUAUACUUUGUUUCUGAUAAAAAUAAUGAAAGUAUGUAUA